UUUUUUUGUAGAAUUUUGUAGAAUUAUCUCCGGCGGGGAAAAGAAGGGAACUCUGUGUAUUAAAUGUCCUUUUUCGAUAGAUUCAUAAAAACGAUAAUUACAUAUUUAUAAUGUGGACCUGUGGGGAUCGGUUACUCUACUCCAUAAUUGUAUUAUAAGUGAACGCACAUGUACGCUAUGUUAUCGCGUGUGAAAUGUAUGUUAUCACUAUCUAUUCCACCCAUUAAUAUGGAGCACAAAUAGGUGGCAUAGGUAUGAAUCAGCCAGGAGCGUGCUUUUUUCCUGCACGCACGAUUCCGAUAUCUCUGUGAUUAGCAAUGAUGCAACCAACUACGCAUAUAUACUACGCUUCCUGAUACAAUUUAAUCCUUGGUAUUCGGUCCACGUUAUUUCGAGGAAAGCGCGAGAUCGAGAGAGUCCUUCCGACGAGGGAAGCCCGGAUCGCAGGCCAAGCUAAGAACCUGUCUCGGCGCCCCUCGAGCCAUCACUACCUUCGAUUUCCCGUAAAACAAAUGUUAAUGAUUCCCCCCAUUGAGUGCGGCGCGAGAUACGGGCGGCGUGUGGAAACCGGUUUGUACGUAGCGCGUUUCGUUGUAUCCGCAAUGAUCAGGCAUCGUCGCUUACAGGGUGGGAAAAAAGUAUACGCGAGUAACGGUAAAAUACGAUGCAACAAUAUUAUCUCAAUCUUCAAUAACGCAUCUUUCUCACGCAGCCGAGCGCGGCAGCGCGACGAGAUCGAGGGAGAAUCGGCUGCGGGAAUCGGCGCGAGACCUUUCCUACGCCCGGGUACCAUCGAUUAAUAGCUUUUUGGAGAUAAAUCUGCCGGGCCUGUAUACAAAGUAACACCUGGUGAAACUUGAAAACUCUGUUACCCGCCGUUGUCCGACCGCCCGUGAAUCUAUUCUCAGUUUUCGCGCGGGUCCUCGUGAAACUAUAAUGCCUUCCCGCUGGAGCAUUAAAUAUCUAAACAGGCAGGCGUCUAAAUUUACGUUGCCGCCGGAUUGGUCAAGCUGCCAUCCAUAGACCGCGGAAAUUUGUCAAUGAGGUUCUCUCUUUUUCUUUUUUCGAACCGCCCUGUAUACGCGGCUUCGCAGCAGGUAGCCUGCUUCUCUAACGCCGCCGGCUCGUUGUCUGGUAGUCUCGUCUCGUUGCUCACGCGAGUACGCGCGCCUCUCGCGCGCUCUUCCUCCGUCCGUCACCAGGAAAAUUUGCGAUACUGUUGCGGUCGCCGGACAUCUGACUACGAAGACUGCUGCGAGGGAAAAUCAAGGCGGUUUAGUGAAUUGGACGUGUCCAACGUGUCGACGAUGCGUCGACGGGAUCUCGCACUCUGGUGUUGCACGCUUCUAUUCGUCCUCGCCUCCUCGUCCAGACUGCCGGGGAAUUCCACGACGGCGAGCGAUAAUGAGCGGGACGAUUCCACAGUGCGGUACGAGAUUCACGCUGAUGUUACCGCGACGAAUCGUGGCGACAAUGUGGAGGCGGUGAUGAGAUACGCGCGUGAAAAUUCCACCCGGAACAACGACGACGUACAGUUUCGCGAUGACACCGCGAAUAACGGCCACGAAGAUAGUGACUCGGCGCAGCACGAAUUUCACGCGCGUCCCACGAAGGAACGCAAGGGGGGCGGCAAUCGAACGCUGAUAGAGCUUGACGCGAAUUUCACGCAGGCCGACGAGAUCAACUCCACAUCGCGCGAGUCCUCGGAGAAUUUUAUGCAAGCCGAGGACAGGAGCAAUUUCACGUUGUACGAGCUCGUUGGCAAGUUCUAUCAGGAUGAUAAAAAGGAUGUUGUUCCUUACGAGGCGUGCGAGAACGACACCUGCAUUAUGCUCUGCUGCCCCCCCGGCCAUCACUUCAUUAAGGAGCAAUGCAUUACCGGGAACACUUACUUUCCCCUCCCGGAGGUGUACGAGUACACGACGGGCGAUCCGCUCGAGGGAAGUUCGAUCGGCAAAAGGCUGAACCAAGUGUUUCAGCUGACCGUCCACGAUCCGUGCAUAGUGCACGAACACUACGUGCUCGAGCCUAACAUUGAUUUAAAUGACACGUAUAGGUUCCUCGUCAACGGCUCUCUGCAUCUACCGUAUACCGACCAGUUAAUCGACGAUACAUACUGCCUCGCCGUCAUGGCCCACGACAAGUACGAGAUAGCCGUUUGCAUUACAUCGGACGACGUUGUCCUGCAAGAGGAUGGAUACCCCGUGGGUCUGAUAAUAUCCUUGCCGUUCCUACUGGCGACAUUCGUCGUGUAUUCCAUACUGCCGGAGCUCCAGAACAUGCACGGCUACACGCUGCGCGGAUACGUUGGCUCAUUGUUCGUCGCGUACACGGUCCUCGCGGUAGCUCAGCUGAUCCCCGAUCAGAGAAUAGUAACGGACACCAUCUGCAUCACAUUUGCCUUCAUCAUCCACUUCUCGUUUCUGGCAAGUUUCUUCUGGCUAAACGUUAUGUGCUUCGACAUUUGGUGGACAUUCGGAGGGUUCCGUUCGUUACAAGGAAGCAUGAAGCAGCGUGAGAGAAAAAAGUUUGUCAUGUAUUCGAUUUACGCAUGGGGAAGCGCUUCCAUCCUCACUAUCGUUUGUGCCAUCAUGGAUUUCGUUCCCAGCGUGCCAAAGGAAUUGAUCCGACCGGAGAUUGGUGCCACGAAGUGUUGGUUCAACACGGACGAGGCGAGGGCGAUAUAUUUUUACGGGCCCAUGAGUGUUACCGUUAUCUGCAACAUUUGCCUGUUUAUCUCUACGGCGCUAAAAAUUGUGCGCCACAAGAAAGACACGGCUCAUCAUUUGAGAAGCUCGGAAAGCAGACGCCACGACGACAAUAAGCAAUGGUUCAAUCUGUAUCUGAAGUUGUUCAUCGUGAUGGGCAUAAAUUGGUCCAUGGAAAUAAUAUCAUGGUUAUUCAAGAGCGCGCCGCCGUACGUCUGGUAUCUCACCGAUCUGACAAACACCCUGCAAGGCCUCAUCAUUUUCAUCAUAUUCGUAUGGAAGGAAAAGAUUAAACGGCUGCUGUUGAAGCGAUUCAGUUGCCAGGAUCGCGGUUUAUUCUCGAGAAACUCGACGCACAGCGGCGUUCACAGCUCAGCCUCGCGCACCUGCACCACCACGUCGGGGAUGCUGUCGCUGCAGGAGAAGGUCAAUCCCUACGUGCAAACAAAUUGCCGCGCGAAGAGCUCGUCCGAUGAGGCUGAAUAAUGUUGUAACCUGAGAAAAUGAUUCAAUUAUGUGAAUCAGACGAAUGAUUAAUGAGUAAUUGGGCGAUGCCGUAAUUUAAUUCUCUCGAGAAUUAUCUUAACAUUGCUCGCGUUGAUCUCUUUAUUUUGGAACGACGAGAUUGAUGGUUUCCGUCGUUCUCGUUCUUUAUAUUCCUUUAAAAAUGUACUUACCAAGGUUUUUUUAUCUAUUUCACAAUCCAAAGAUGAGAGAAAUUAACUAAAUUACUCUGCAUCCAUUAUCGACCUCGUUGAAGUAGCAAGUGUAUUGUAUAUCAUGUACAUUGACUGCCGUACGCCAUAAUGUCGUAUAAAUUUAUUUUAAUGUGUAGAGUUACGUCAUCAUUAUAUCACCAUCGAUAAUGUCUUGAUAAAAAGGCUACGGAUAACCAACUGAUUUCAACUUCAAUUCUAGCACAUUGAUUGUGCAUCAGAGAGACUGUAUUUUACAUUCUCUUUUCUUUUAUAUUUAUUUUCGUUAUAUCAACACGUGGUCUACAUUUCCACCGCACAAAUAAGUGUUUAAUAUUAUUAAAUCAUUUCAAGAAAAAGAAAACAAAUGUUUAUAUAAAUAGAUAAAAUUUUU